CAUUUUUUGUCGGCACACUGAUUAAUUUUACCAAUAACCUGCACGGUCAGCUGGUGUUAAUCCUCCAUUACUGUCCGAGGUGGCUUGUUUACAUCUUCCGGGUACUCUAAGCCAUCAUCUACAUGCCAACCGAAACUCUGCUCUGACGACGUGAAAACUGAUGGACUGCGUUUCUUUGUUGAACAGCGGAUGAAAUCUGCUCUUUUAGCGGUUAGAAAUGAUGAUGUUUAAGCUGCUUUUUUGGACUGGAUGCUACAGUCUGCUGUCGGUCACGGAACAAGUUACAGCUGAAACUGAGAUAUUUUGCUCCUCUGAGCCGGUAGUAUCAUUCUGCGGCUCCAGCAUCGUUCUACAGUGUCACCUCGAGCCCCAGCAGGAUGCAACAGACAACACAGUGAAAUGGACUCAGCAGAGUGAUGUUGUACACAUUCGUAAAGGUGGAAAAGACGAUCCUGGAGAACAAAUGGAGAGGUUUGAAGGACGCACGUCUCUGUUCUCUGAAGGUCUCCAUAAAGGAAAUCUGUCACUCCAACUUUCCUCUUUAAAACUCUCCGACUCUGGAAGAUACAAGUGCUCCUUUCAGGUCGGCUCAGUGGAGAAGAGUUGUUACGUCAACCUUAGUGUCGGAGAGUCUGAAGUGAUCGGCUCACCUGAGCCAGUUACAGCAGAGUCGGGUCAGGAUGUGGUUCUACCAUGCCACCUUAAACCACGGUUUGAUGCAACAACUCUGACUGUGGAGUGGAGAUGGAACAAAGCUACGGUGCACGUAUAUCGAAAUCUUGGAGACUAUGAAGAUCCUCAAGAUCAGAGGUUCAAAGGCAGAACUUCUCUCUUCCAUGAUGAAAUGAUUCAUGGAAACAUUUCCCUCAAACUAAGUAAAGUAACUGAAGAAGAUGCAGGAAUUUACACCUGUUUUGUUCCUAAUCUUAACUGUCGGGUGAAAAAAGGAAACAUCGCUCUGAAAGUUGCUGAAACUGAGAUAUUUUGCUCCUCUGAGCCGGUAGUAUCAUUCUGCGGCUCCAGCAUCGUUCUACAGUGUCACCUCGAGCCCCAGCAGGAUGCAACAGACAACACAGUGAAAUGGACUCAGCAGAGUGAUGUUGUACACAUUCGUAAAGGUGGAAAAGACAUUCCUGGAGAACAAAUGGAGAGGUUUGAAGAACGCACGUCUCUGAUCUCUGAAGGUCUCCAUAAAGGAAAUCUGUCACUCCAACUUUCCUCUUUAAAACUCUCCGACUCUGGAAGAUACAAGUGCUCCUUUCAGGUCGGCUCAGUGGAGAAGAGUUGUUACGUCAACCUCAGUGUCAGGAAGUCUAAAGUAAUCGGCUCACCUGAGCCAGUUACAGCAGAGUCGGGUCAGGAUGUGGUUCUACCAUGCCACCUGAAACCACGGUUUGAUGUAACAACUCUGACUGUGGAGUGGAGAUGGAACAAAGCUACGGUGCACGUAUAUCGAAAUCUUGGAGACUAUAAAGAUCCUCAAGAUCAGAGAUUCAAAGGCAGAACUUCUCUCUUCCAUAAUGAAAUGACUCAUGGAAACAUUUCCCUCAAACUAAGUAAAGUAACUGAAGAAGAUGCAGGAAUUUACACCUGUUUUGUUCCUAAUCUUAACUGUCGGGUGAAAAAAGGAAUCAUCGUUCUGAAAGUUGAGGAGUCUAAAGUGAUCGGCUCACCUGAUCCAGUUACAGCAGAGUCGGGUCAGGAUGUGGUUCUACCAUGCCGCCUGGAACCUCCGUUUGAUGUAACAACUCUGACUGUGGAGUGGAGAUGGAACAAAGCUACGGUGCACGUAUAUCGAAAUCUUAGAGACUAUAAAGAUCCUCAAGAUCAGAGGUUCAAAGGCAGAACUUCUCUCUUCCAUAAUGAAAUGAUUCAUGGAAACAUUUCCCUCAAACUAAGUAAAGUAACUGAAGAAGAUGCAGGAAUUUACACCUGUUUUGUUCCUAAACUCAACUCUCAGGUGAAAAAAGGAAUCAUCGUUCUGAAAGUUGUGUUGAAGGAUGAAGGGCCAAACAAAAAAGGGAGACGUUUGGGACGAUGGUGGCAUGAAGCUGUUCUACAGAGAUCACCUGGAAAAAGACAAGCUCAUGAUGCAGAGGCGGGACAAGACGGGCAAGAUAACAAUGUGAACCAAGACAACAUCGAAUAAACAUCUAGAUUAUAUAUUUAUUUUUGUUACUUAGCUUCUUAAUAAAAAAGAAGCUGUUAACUUGAGCAGAAUACAGUCUGUUAAUCCAUCCAUCCAGCCACCCAUCCAUCCAUCCAUAAGCCCAGACUUUUAUUUCUCUCAUGACUAUCGGUGAGGACAGAAAUUUAGAACCAGAUAGAUAUUUUAUCACCCGCCUUCUUUCAUCGAUUAGCAAUAAUCGGUGACAAGACUAAAUUCUCUGAUAAAAAUAGUAAAAGCUGGAGAGACUCAACCAAUCCAAAGCUGCUGGUCCAGAUGCCAUCAGUCCCAGACUUCUAAAGACCUGUGCCAGUCAGCUGUUUCCAGUUCCUCAGAACCUCUUUUAUACUCCUGUGGAAGACCUCCAGUCUUGUUCCAGUCCCCAGCAAACUGUCCCCAUCUGCACUGAAGGACUACCCACCUAUUGCCCUCAUGCCCCAUGAGAUGAAAUGAUGAAGAUCUUGGUCUUGGCUGUUAUGUGGCGUGUGAGAUCUGGGGCCUCAUUUAUAAAGCUGGUGUAGGUACAAAAACCGGCGUACGCCAAAUAUAGUCAACUUUUGGGAUUUAUAAAAACCAAACUUGGUUGGAAAAUGUUCCUACCUCCAUGGCAACUGACCCAGACGUAUGCACAAAAUCUGGGAAAACAGGAAACUACAACACCAACAGUACAUAAUAAAAUCAAGGAAAUGAUGAGGUGGAGAGUCUGCUGCCAACAUUUACCAGUCAGUAAAAGAAAAUGGGAAAGUAAACUGUAGUCAUUUAAUCUGAGAUCCAGCAGAGUGGGACAGACUAGAGCGUCUGAAAGUGAUCCAACGCUUAUAAAACACAAGGUGGAUUUCCUUUAUUUAUUUAUUCUUACACAAUCCUUUUGUAAUUGUUGUCCCAAUUUCCGUCAAGACAGUCUCCAUUUUCCGUAUUUCCUUUGCCACAUUGUUAAUAGCGGUGAUGGUGUCGCUCUGCACCUGCACAUUCGUUUCGGGUGGAUGUGUCUUAUAUACCCAAUCCUGACACCCUCACCUGUCAAAAUUGAUUGAUUGUAGAAUAAUCUAAAAAAUACUGUUAAUUUUAUAUUCUCUAAACAUUUCUGUUUGUCUUUCCAGUUUCUUUUAAAUGUGUGUGUAGCAUCACUUUCUUAAUGUGUUCAUGUUUUUCUGAAUAGCAGGUUAAUAAAGACAUUGAAACUAA